AGUAUACCGAAAUACACGGAGCGGGCGAUGCGCGGUGCGUGCGCCCCACAGUCUACAGAUAAAAUCACAGCGCGCCUAUACGCGUCUCGUUACAUAAUUUAAAAAUCGAACGCUAUCUGUUCACUAUUUAUAUUUUAAUUUAUCUUUGUGGUUGACUGGAGUGGCUAGUGAAGUGUAUUUUUUUUUUCAUUUUAAUUUUAUUUGGUGAAUGUCGUGAGUACCAGGCUAUCAGAAACCUGCAGAGAUGGAGAAACCGACUAUGCAUAUGCUCUCCGUACAGGAGAAAGGAGGACAAACGCGACAGGCGACGCAGUACGUGGCGGCCGUCGCAGCCGCCAUAGGAGCAGUGAUAGCCGGCACCAUUUUAGCAUGGACGUCGCCAGCUCUACCUCAACUUGAGCCCAUGAAAUUAAAUGUUAAUGCAACCAACGGAACCGGAGAUGGAACAGUCAUAUUUGUCAACAAUAACGGAACCCUGAUCAACUCUCUCGGACAACCCGCGGAGUUUUUACUAGACACCAAAGAUAGUUCCUUGGCAUCAUCAAUCCUAGCUAUCGGUGCGUUAAUUGUGGCGUUACCGGUGGGCUACCUCGCUCAGAAGAUCGGCAGACGGCCCACCAUCUUGCUCUUAGCGGUACCGUUCAUGCUCAACUGGUUGCUCAUCAUCUUCGCCAACGGAGCCGGCAUGCUCAUCGCCGCUAGAUUUAUAGCAGGACUCGGAACAGGUGGAAUCUGCGUAGCCGCACCCAUGUACAUCGGUGAGAUAGCUGAGACCUCUAUCAGAGGAUCAUUGGGUGCAUUCUUCCAACUGUUUCUAACGGUCGGCAUAUUAUUUACAUUCGUCGUGGGCGGUUGGACUCACUGGAGGACUCUCUCUAUCAUCUCUGCUGUGUUACCUCCGCUACUGGUUAUUGUUUUCUGGUGGAUGCCCGAGACUCCUCAAUAUUUGCUGGGUAAAAAUCGCAGACGAGAAGCGGAGAGGGCACUUCGUUGGCUACGUGGCCCCGAUGCUGAUCUCACCGCUGAACUUGAGGACAUGCAGAAAGAAGUGGACAACGCGUCGCGCCAGAGCGGCGGCGUGCGGCGCAUGUUCACGGAGCGCGCGCCGCGCACGGCGUUCGUGUGCUCGCUGGGGCUGAUGUUCUUCCAACAGUUCAGCGGCAUCAACGCCGUCAUCUUCUACACCAACCAGAUCUUCCAGUCCGCCGGCUCCAACAUCCCGCCCGCCAUCGCCACCAUCAUCGUCGGCGUCGUCCAGACCAUCGCCACCUACAUAUCCUCCUUGCUCAUCGAACGCGCCGGCCGAAGAAUCCUCCUCCUCCAGAGUUGCAUCAUCAUGGGGAUCUGCUUGAUCGUUCUCGGUGUUUACUUCAAGAUGCAGGAGAGCGGGGCCGCCUUGGCCGCCGUCGGUUGGCUUCCUCUGGUAUGUUUGGUCCUCUUCAUCAUUUCCUUCUCGAUGGGCUUCGGGCCUAUCCCCUGGAUGAUGAUGGCGGAGCUGUUCCCGGUGGAGUAUCGAGGCACGGCUUCCGGGAUCACGGUGAUCGUGAACUGGUUCCUGGUGUUCGUGGUGACGUUGUGCUUCCCCCUGAUGAAGAACGCUAUCGGAAUAUACAGCUGUUUCUGGUUCUUCGCCGGUUUCAUGGUCGUCUGCACUUUCUUCGUGUUCUUCUUGAUUCCGGAGACGAAAGGGAAGACCGUCUCGCAAAUCCAGGCUAUUCUAGCCGGCAGACGGUAAAUUGUAUCUAAUACUGCUUUUGUUGAACUGUAUGUUACUAAUUACUUAUAUUUAGUUGAAUCAAUAUCUGGAUGUUUUAUGUACGAGUAUCAUUACAGAAAUUGUGUUAGAUAUAAAGGCUCCAUGAUGCAUUGUGAUUAUAAUAUUCUUAGGUUACGUAGGUUUAAUAUCAGCUCUUAACAGAAAAUUAUAAAGAAAUGCACCUGAAGGAAAUCAAUCACAUUUUGUUAUAUUUAUGUGCUUAGCACUGCUGUUGUCUAGAUAGUAAAUAUAAGUUUUUCACUAUUAAUGUUAUGAAAUUAUCAUAUUUUAACGUCUAUUUGUAAGUGUACAGUUUUGACUGAUAUACGUAAGGCGUUGGCGAUAUUAAUAUCACUCAAAUAAAUUUAUAUUUAUGAGGAGUGGGAGGGGGGAGUCAAAGUAAAGUAGCGGUACUUUGGGUAACUGUGUUAAGCCAGGUGUUCAUUUGGGAACGUUUGUUAAGAUUAAGUUAAAUUAAAAUAAUUAUGAAUUAUCAACUAAAUUGUAAACACUGUCUCUGGACUUUGGCAGUCCACACUUGCCAUUUGUAGCUACGAUCUCCCCCGAGGAAUUUGUAAAAAAAAUAUAUAUAUUAAACUAUUAUAGAGAAACUUAUGAACUCCUGCAACACGCAUCCGCAUCUGUGUGUUGUGUUUUUUAUUUAUCUAUUUAAAUCACAGCAAAUUUUUACUUUUGAAUUUAAUUGUGCAUGAAUUUUAAAUAACUCACAAUUAUAAUAUUACGUGUAAAUGGAAGUACAUCUUGACAUGCCGCAUAGUAAUAAGAUAACUUGUAUAUUUAAUAUAAUUGAAUUUAUAUUUGUGUAAACAAUAAAGUUGCCCAGUGAACACCCGGAUUUAUUAUGGCUUUUUAAACACUAUCUGUUCGUUGCACAAACGUCCAUUGAAAGAGUCAUUAGUUAAAAGACAUUAACGAUACAAAUUUUCAAAUUUAGAACAUUCGUUAGAGCCCAGAUGGGCAUUUAUACAACGUUUAUGAAAUAUAUUAUUAUAAAAAUAUCAAAAUUUUUAAAUGAUGAUUGUGGGUUCUAGUCUUAAUUUAUUCUAAAUCUACAUGGAUAUUUCAUAUUUAUAGGACUGGAGCCUGAAAUGACAUUACUGCUAUACCAAGCUUUUAAUAACGAGAUUAAUUUAAAAAAAAGGUGUUAUUUUAUAUAUUAACAAUUAAGAUGACCAAAGAAGUAGUUUUGUAUCCACCAUAUUAAUUUGAUGUUUAAAUAUAAGAAGAAUUUAGUUUUAUAUUAUAUUUUAUUUUAAACUAAAUAGCAUUUGAAUAUGUACAAAUUAUGUGUAGAUGAUUUUUAGAAGUUCUUAUUUUAGUAGAUAUUUUAAUUUAUUUUAUAAUGUAGAUUCAAAACUCCCUUAUUUAUGUAAUUAGUUAAUUUAUAAAAAAUUAAUACUGUUUCAAUAUAAUUUUUUAAUUAAAAUGGUAAAAAUUACCUAUUUUUUAUUAGUUUGAAAUAAUGGGGAUGUGCCAAAUAAUUGGAUUUGUAAGGUAGAAAAUGUUAUGUCAUUUAUAUUGUAAGUAAUAAAUAAGGAUAAUGUU